AUGGUGGCGUUUGCAGGAACAACCAAAGGCUGUGAGGGCGUUCAGAGGACCGUGGUCACACCUCAUGCUGCAGCAUUGAAGCUAGAGGACUAUUUGAAGAGCACCAAUCGCUGCCCCGAAGUAUUGCGCAAGUCCGAAUACAUGGCCAGCCAAGCAGCAAUGCGGCGAGUCCCAAUGAUCCGCUUCCGAUACGGAGCAAAGAAAGCCGGAGGGGAAGUGUCGCAGCCGUCCCCCUCUGUGGGAGCCACCCCCCCUCCUGCCGCCCCGCCUGCUGCUCCAAAGUCAGCAGCUCUUUCUUCCUCAAGCUUGGCCCAUGGGACCGCUAGCGAGCAGCCACAGCGGACGCCCCUCUCAGCAAAGGAAAUUGCGGCGGUAGAGCUUGGUGGUGUUGCCGACUAGAGCUGGGUAGAAAAAAGUUUACAAUUUUAUCAACUCUGCUUGAAAUUGGGAGAUGAGGGCAGUCUGGCACGGUGCUCCAGCGCGCUAGCUAGGUUUGAUAAGGAGGGGACUUCCUUACCUUUUAAUGGUGGGGAGGGGUCGCGUCCAUCAUGAGUUUGCAAAUCAAGAGAUGUUGUUUGCAGUCUGUUUUACAUAUUUAAAAUUUGUAACGGCCUCAAAAUAAAGAGUUGUCAAAUCAAGGAUCUUUGUGUCUGGUCGACAAGAUAUAGAAGACGGAAGAAGACGGAAGAAGGCGUCUAGACUCUGAAGUUGAGUACAAGAUAUAUAUUACGGGACAAAUCUUGUAGUAAUUGCGCUCAGUCUUGGCGGACGUGCUUAUAGUCCUUUAGCCUUCCCGGCCAUGCUCUCUAAUGCGUUGGACAAGCCAGCAGCUCCGAGCAAGCUGGUGACCAAGUAGGGGGGCCGCCCAAAUCGCCGAC